AUGGACGCCAUGAGCGAUGACGAGGAUGAAGAGGACGAAGAGGAUGGAGAGGAACAAACUGAGAAAAGAGAAGAUGAGGAAAAGGCAGACGACAAGAAGUAUGAAAUCACAAGGGCUAUGGUGGCUAAGUGGAACAAGCAAUUGAAGACGCCAACAAUCAAGUUGGUUCAAAAUGUCAUUUCUGCUUUUAAGGCUGCUGUAUAUAUCAACUCUGCCGACGAGAACAAUACGCGUUUUGUCAUCAAUGAUCCUUCUGUCUUCUCUGAGUUGAUGUUUGUUUGCUUGAAGCGUGUGCCUGAGGCUGUGAAAAUCUUGGCGCCUUACAAAGUUAACCUGAAGGGCAUUAGAAUUGUGGAUUCGAAAAACCCAAAUACUACCCGUGUUGGCAGUUUGAUGAAAAGUCAGGGUGGUGCCUUCAUUACUCUUUUGAACGAUAUUACGAACACAGAAACAGCGGCAUUGGUUUUGACGUCAUUACAAGAAGUCUUGCCUUUCUACAUUUCCCAAAGGAAAAUCAUAAAGCAGAUUUUAAACGCUGUGGUUGAAUGUUGGGCAACGACUACGGAUGUCGAAACACAGGUUGCAACUUAUGCGUUUUUGAACAAUGCUGCCAGAGAAUUUCCCAAAUCAACCUUGGAUAUCAUAUUGAAGUCUACCUACUCGUCAUUCUUGCGGAAUUGUCGUAAGACCAACGUUCACACUAUGGACUUGAUCAACUUUUCCAAGAACUCUGCAGUUGAGUUGUUUGGUAUCGACGAGCAAUUGUCUUACCAAGUUGGCUUUGAGUACAUCCGGCAAUUGGCCAUCCACUUGCGUAACACCAUCACUAACACCACUAAUUCAUCUGAGGCUCAGAAAGAUGCUUACAAAGCAAUCUAUAACUGGCAAUUUUGUCACUCGUUGGACUUCUGGUCAAGAGUAUUAUCCCACUUUUGCAAUCCUGAACUUGAGUUGGUGAGUCACAAAAACCAAGAGUCUCCAUUGAGAUCGUUAAUUUAUCCUUUGGUGCAAGUCACUUUGGGUACUAUUAGAUUGAUCCCAACUGCUCAGUUCUUUCCAUUGCGUUUCUAUUUGAUCCGCUCUUUGAUUCGUUUGUCUCAAGGCACUGGUGUUUACAUCCCAAUUUACCCUCUCAUUUCUGAAAUUUUAUCAUCCACUGCAUUUUCGAAACCAGGAAAGCCUACUAAAUUGCAAGCGCUUGAUUUUGAUUUUAUUAUCAAGGCCAGCCAACAAUAUUUAGGUACCAAAGUAUACCAAGAUGGCUUAUUUGAACAGUUCCUCGAAUUGACAAGCGAAUUUUUUGUGUUGUACUGCAAGAAUAUCGCAUUCCCUGAACUCGUUACACCUGCAAUUUUGUCACUCAGACGCUUUAUUAAAAAGUCUAAGAACUUGAAAUUCAAUAAGCAGUUGCAGCAGCUCAUUGACAAAUUGAAUGCUAACGCCACAUUCAUUACCACCCGGAGAGCAAAUGUGGAAUAUGGACCUUCUAACAAGGCUGAGGUACAAUUAUUCUUGAAGGAUGAAGCUUGGGAUUCAACUCCAUUGGGCCAGUAUGUUGUGGUGCAUAGAAAGGUCAGAGAGGAAAGAAUGAGACUCUUGAAAGAGGCUAUUUUAGAGGAAGAAAACGCUAAGAACAACGCCAAUGAUGGCAUGGACUUGGAGGAUGCUAUUGAAAGCGGAGAUGAGAGUGAAGAAGGCAGUGAUGAUGAAGUUGAUGGAGAUGAUGAUGAUGAAGAAUAG